AUGUCGACUUUUUUUCAGUUCCCCUCCGGAGAAGUGUUCAGUGCAUAUGCGAAACCGUUGGUUGAUAGUUCAACAGAGAAACCAAAAUGGCGAACAAUUAAUGUUAAAGAACUGGAAACAUUUGUAUGGGAGAAACUUGGAUGGGAUCCGAAAUAUUUGGAGCAGCAAACACACAAAUCACUACUGAAAUGGAAUGAUUAUUUGAAUCCAGCAGCUGGCGGUUGCGGUCAGUCCUAUCAGAUGCACAUCACAUCUUUUGCUCAUAGCCUGCAUAAAUCGGAAGCCGAUCAACGUUUAACGCCAACUGCUCGCAGUCAGGGUCCGGCGUUGCCUGAUAGUUGCACUUCAAGUGAAUCUACUACAAAUGAUAAAAUUGCAAAUACGGCGAAGGUGAAUCUCUUGCUUUUGCUGGUUGCAGUUGCUGUGAAAAAUCCGAGGAAAAGAAAAUCUAGUGUGAGAGUAAGGGCAGAGAAGAAGAAGGAUUCAAAAAAUGCUUCGAAGAAAAAUACAAAAAAUUCAAAAAAGGCAAAAAAUACUCGUUGUGCAGCCGCAGCCGCUGGUGAAGAGCUGAAACUAUCGGAAGAAAGCUGUGCGAGUGAUGCUGACUAA